AAGAAGAAUAUUGAUAUUGAACUUAACCUUAACAAAAUACAAAAUUUAUUAACAGAAAGACAGAAUUUAAUAAGUUUGUUUUUUUGUGAAUUUCAGAAUUAUUGGUUUCACAUUCACAAUUUUGUAGAUACACACAACACACAUACAUAUAUUUAUAUUGAACUGGACUUACAAAUUACUAACAUACUUUUUAAAUAUGUCUUUAUAUGAUGAUUAUGAUGUAAAAACCACAGCAACAGAAAAAGUACAAGGUUGGUCAUCUGGCAUUAAAUUACUUCAAUCACAAUUACAACUUAAAAAAGCUACUGUAACUCAACCUAAAAGAGAUCAACUUCGUAAGUCUGUAAGUUUAGCUCCAGUGAUAGAUUUAAAAUCCAAACGAGAUGAUGAUGAACUUAAAUCCCUAGCAAAACCUAAGUCAGAUCCUUGGCCGCCAAUUUUAAGUUCAGCUGGCGAUGACUUAAAUAUAGUAAAUGAAUAUAAUCCAUCCUGGCCAAAUGAGUUUGAGAAAAAAGUUAAAGAAUUAAGAGAACAUAGUAGAGACCGUGAAAAUAGAGAACCUAGGGACAGAGAUAGAACUGAUAAAGAAGAAAAAAAGAAGGAGAAAAAACGUAAAAGUAGAUUUGGUGAUCCAGAAGAAAGUAUGUCGCCACCAUCAAUAGUUAACUCGACACCUCAGAUGAGUCAGCCACAAAUUGGUAGUGGCUUUUCAGGUAGAUGGAAUGAAGAAGAUGAAGAAGAAAUUGCUCCAAAACAGCCUCGUCCUUCUGGAGGUGCUGCCAUAGCACCUCCACCAAGUCUUCAAGAACCAUCAGAUCCAGUUCCUAUUAUUCCUACUAAACCUCAACCAGCUUCUAGUUAUGGUGGUUCAGUUGCUGCAAAAAUUAUGGCAAGAUACGGAUUUAAAGAGGGACAAGGUCUGGGUAGAAUGGAACAAGGCAUGGCCAGUGCAUUACAAGUAGAAAAAACUUCCAAGAGAGGAGGAAGGAUUAUACAUGAAAAAGAAAUUUUGGCCCCUCCUACAAUAGAUCAAGUAACACAACCUCCUACUAUCACAGAAAUAAUGAAAAAUCCUAGUAAGGUUGUGCUACUAAAGAAUAUGGUCGGUCCUGGGGAAGUAGAUGACGACCUAGAACCAGAAGUAAAAGAUGAAUGCAAUACAAAAUACGGUCCGGUUGCCAGCGUCAUUAUACAUGAAAUUUCCAGUGAUAAUCCGGAAGAAUGCGUACGGAUAUUCGUAGAAUUUUUAAGAAUCGAAAGUGCUAUUAAAGCUGUUGUUGAUUUAAAUGGACGAUUUUUUGGAGGAAGGCAAGUUAAAGCAGCCUUUUACGAUACUGAAAAGUUCGACAAUUUACAAUUACUAGAUUAAUUGUUGUAAACUAACUAAUUUAUUUGUAAUUUUAAUUUGUGCGUUAAAUAUAUUUUUAAUUUUU